AUGAGAUUCGUUACUCGUGCUCAGUUUGACAACAUCAUCACACCCGAGGCUGUUCUUCAGGUAGUCGCCAAGCUGGCGUGUUACCAAGGCUUGACAGCAAGGGACCAUAUGCAAAUUGCCCAAGAUAUCUACUGGGGCACAGAAGAUGGACGCCGCUCGCCCUGUCGCCGACUGCUUGCUUCCCUCAUCGGGACCGGGAAUUCAGAAGCACUCGGCAGCAUCAAAACACUGAUCGAUGAAGGCCUCAGUGACACCUGUCUUCCCCUCCUAGUUAAGGAAGUCAUGGAGGAGGACACGCUGAUAUGUGCUCACCAUGAACACCAACAUGCAUCCAUAAACGACAUGGACCUGGAGUCUCGAGAGACUUUCACCGCCCUCUGUCGAUCCUUUUCAGUGCCCUUCAUCAAAUGGAAAGAUGGCGGGAAGCAUUGUCACUACGUCUUGAAAGGCGGCGGCCCUCUUCCUAUGAGAGGGCCACUUCCAAUGGAGAAAAAAGACAAGAUGAAUGAGGAAGGAGACUUUGGCGAGGUCUUCAAAGUUGAGAUUGACCCAGGCGACAGGGACUUCGACCCAGAGAAAAACACCAACUUUUUUGCUUUAAAGAAGCUUAAGAAGCAUAGUGACUCGAAUGGCACUUCUCGUGCGGACGAGUUCGACCUGGAAAUCAGGUCGUUGAUCUUCGCCGAGAGUCGAGCUUUGAAGGUACCAGGCCCGGAUGAUCAUGGGCAAACGAAAAGGCACUUGAUCCAGCUCCUUGCAACAUUCGAGGUGUACGAUUCCAACGAUCCAGAGCCGACAUUCUACUUUCUGUUCCCACUGGCAAAUUGUAACCUAAAGCAAUUCUGGGAGAAGAAGCGCCACGAUGCGACAAGGGAAGAGCAUUGUGGUUGGAUGGUUGAGCAGUUUUACCUACUUGCCAAGGCCCUGCAGUGCGUCCACAAUGAAAGGUCGCUGAUGAUCACGUCAAAGAGAACUGAUUCCAACGUCUUUUGCCGGCAUGGAGACAUCAAACCAUCGAACUUCCUGUUCUUUGAGGACUCUCAACCCGGCGGUCUGGGCAGGUUGGUUUUAGGUGACUUUGGUAUGGCUAGAUUUCACCGCAAAGGAUCCAGAUCAAGCCAGCCAGCAGGGGGGAGAGAAUGGCCACGAUUUCUUAUCAAGCACCUGAGUUUGGCAAAGAGGAUGUGGUAUCUCUCAAGACCGACAUCUUCAGUCUCGGAUGCACUCGAGACAGAUCCUGUGUACGGUUUCCAGACAGAUACCUUUUACAACGUGUCACAGUCCAAGGAUUCCGUGUGGCUCAAGGAGGGCGUCAAGCGUUGGAUCUGGGACCUGAAGCAGCACAAAGACUGCGUGGAAGUUGUAUAUGAUCUGUUGGAGAUCAUCGAGCACGACAUGCUCGAAGCAAACCACCAGAAAAGGAUCAACUCGGCAAUGUUGGCUACCGAAUUGGAGAAAGUGUGGACCAAGUGGCAACGUAAGGAUUCCCUCUACGGCGACAGGCACUGGAGAGAAAGUGAGAUUGGUUCCAAAGCAAUCAACAAGCCCAAUUCCAGUGCUAAAGUGCUUGCUAUUUCCAAAGAGCUCCUGUGGAAGCAAAAGGCUAACCGCGCGUCAAGACGGAAGAUCGCCGACAACACCACCCCAAACGACCACCAGAACCUUCAGGUAAAGGAACCAACUACAGUCGAAAAUCCUUCUGGUCGCUUCGCCCUCGAAAGGGGCAAAACUUUCCACUAG